GUCUCUUCGCCCUAGCGGUAAACAUUGGUCUCGAUCUCCUUGGAGACUAUGUAGUGGAGAGUGAACGAAAUAGGACUUCAGAACGGGAUCAUGGCGGCGCCGUUUGGGCGCGACACCUUACCUGACCAAUGGUCUUUCGGUGUCUGCGGAGAUGGCAGAGUGUUUUUCGUUCACGAUGAAACGAGCACUACUACUUGGCUCCAUCCGCGAACGGGCGAACCUGUCAAUUCCGGACAUAUGAUACGGUCAGAUUUACCUCGAGGAUGGGAAGAGGGUUUCACGGACGAAGGGGCCGGCUACUUCAUAAACCAUAACCAGAGGACCACGUCGUUCCGGCACCCCGUGACGGGACAGGUGUCUCGGGAGAACGUGGAUUUUAUCCUCCAAGAACAGCCAGGUGGCCGUAUGUCCAACCCCCAGCAGGCCGACUUGAGGCUUUCCAGCACCAUCAGCGAGGCUUCCACUGUGGACACCGCUUCGGGGUCAAAGGGCUCCAGGUCCAGUGGGAGGGUGCUACAUUUUGGGAAGCGAGAGCAGUCCAUCAAGAGGAACCCCAACGUCCCAGUGGUGGUGAGAGGAUGGCUCUACAAACAGGACAGCUCUGGGAUGAGGCUUUGGAAGAGGAAGUGGUUUGUGUUGGCUGACUACUGCCUGUUCUACUACAAAGACAGUAGGGAAGAGUCAGUCCUGGGUAGUAUUCCUCUGCCCAGCUAUGUCAUCUCAGCCGUGGAACCUGAAGACCACAUCAUCCGCAAGUACGCCUUCAAGGCCAGCCACACAGGCAUGCGCUCAUAUAUUUACAACCGGAGCUCUGUGAUUGGCUCGCAGGCGGAGCACAGCGGCAUGCGGACCUACUUCUUCAGCGCCGACACACAAGAAGACAUGAACGGCUGGGUGAAGGCCAUGAACCAGGCGGCGCUGAUGCAGAACCACACCGCCAGCCUCAAGAGACCUUCGGAAACAUCGGAGAUAUCGGAAAUGCCCAGCGUGUCAGAGCGCCAGGCAGUACCACAAACCAACCACGUCAACAACUAUACUGAGAAUGCCCCCCAUCCCCCAGUCGACCUCCAUCUCCAUAGCGAUGGGGUGGUCCUCCAACCGGCUGACAUCCACCGAGAAACCGAGCAGCACUGUAGCUUCUGGAACGACACGCCCAAUCCCAUUGCUUCAGAAAUUGUCCUUGGUGGUGGGAACAUUCAAAUUGAAAUGGAUGCCGUCCCUCCUAGCAGUCUCUCUCCCCUUCCACCAUACUCAGCCUCCUCAACUACAUCUGCGCCCUCCUCCAGGGUGCAAAUGCGCGCCCCGUCGUACACCACCUCAACCCCACCCCCCGGGGCCUGUCUGAGGAACGGGACACCCACCCUGGAACCCAACGGGAUGGGGACGGGGACGUACCAGAGGGCCACCCUGCCCCCCCAGGUGAUGGAUACUCACCGGCAGGUGCAGAGGAGGAGUGCCCUGGAGCAGGUGGAACACUGGGUCAAGGUGCAGAGGGUCGAGCACAAAGGUACCCCCUCUAGAGGGAGUACCCUGCCCCGCCACACCCCUCCGACCCAGCCCACGUUCAUCGGCCAGGAGGCCUACCAGACACUACCAAAGACCCCACGCCACAGCCCCCCCACGGCUGCACGCCACGGGGAGUACAAAUACGCCCAGGACCGCCUUAGCCACUUCCGCCUCGGACCCCCGAACUCCCAGGGUACCGUUGCCAGGGACGGGGGUGGCAUCGGUGGGCCUGGCACCGUAUGGCAGCUGUAUGAGUGGCAGCAGCGCCACCAGUUCCGCCACGGCAGCCCCACCGCCCCCCUCUACACACCUUCCCCGGACUACCCCUUCGGGAACAGGCCCCCCUCCACGGUCCCCCCCCCACGGCCCAGCUCCGAGGUGCCCCGCUGUGUGUCGGUACCCCCUGAUCCCUCUGACAUCCCCCCACUGGGACCCCCAAGGAGCUCCAGGGCCCUGUCCCCCCCGCGGAGGCCCCAUACGCCUGCUGACCGGGUGGUAGUAAUGCCCCUGGGAGAGAGGCCCGCGCUGGAUGUGCCUGUGGCUGGGUCCCCCCGGAGAGCCAAGUCUCAGUUGCUCAACGCUGCCACCAUCGACAGACGGUCCAUCCCUCCCUCCUGCUACAUCACACACACGGUCAGCGCGCCCAGCCUUCACGGGAAGACGCCGGAGGAACUCACCCUCCUGCUCAUUCAGCUCCGGAGGCAUCAGGCAAAGAUGGCCGCCGCUCGCCACCACACGGUAACCCAGAUGCAGCACUUCAACUACAGCCCCUCUGGCCCCCACCUCCGCCCCACCAACAACAACCCCCUCUUCUCCUCCGGCCCUUCUUCUCUGGGGUCCUUACUAGGCCCCCCAGGCCCCAUGGGCCGCGGCAGCAGCAACCAGGUUGACGAUACUUACAUGCAACUGAAGAAGGACCUGGAGUAUCUAGACUUGAAGAUCAAAAGUUUAGAGCCGUUGAUCCUCAUGGCUCACAGUGUGCUACUGCACUGCACUGCCGGGCCUCUCGGGCCACUAUGGAACGUGGUUGGAAGUCCGUCGUUGAAAGAAGUGACGAAACCUGUCAAAAUAGCUGAGAGUGACGUUGAUGUGAAACUCAGUGGGUUAUGUGAGCAGGACAAGAACCUGAAGGAUCUGGAGGUCCAGAUCAGCUCUCUGAAGAACAAUAAGGACAAGCUGGAGUCGGUUCUGGACCUGUCCCGCCAACAGAUGGAGCAGUACAGAGACCGGCCGGCCCACCUGGAAAAGAUAGCCUACCAGCAGAGACUCCUACAGGAGGACGUGGUGCACAUCAGGGCCCAGAUCUCCAGAGUGUCCACGGAGAUGUCCCGGGCCUGGGAGGAGUACAGCAGGCUAGAGAGCUCAGUGGAACAGCUGAGGACCGCGCUACAGACCACCAUGAACUACAGCACCACCUCUCAGCGGGAGAAAUCUGAGAUAAAGCGGGAGCUGUGGAGAAUGGAAGACGUGAUGGCAGGGCUGAGCGCCAGCAAAGCCAACUACAAGAUCACCAUCAACUCAGUGCAGAACCCAGAGAGGAAACUAGUGCCUUCGGUGUUGGACCCUGCAGUGCCUUCCCAGUGCCCUACACCCCCACCUGGGGAGGUUAGGCCCCCUCCUCUCAGCUCCUACAUACUGCCUCACAACCCUGUGCCAAAGUGGGCAAAAGAUGAGGCUCCUCCCAGGCCGCCCCUGCCCCGCCUUUACGACUAUGAAGACCCGCCCCCCACCAUCCCACCCCUCCCCAAAGAGGCAGCAGCGGUCGUAAGACACACGUCGGUUCGAGGGCUCAAACGCCAGUCAGACGAGCGGAAGAGAGACCGUGAGGUCGGAGGGUGUGUCAACGGAGACUGUAAGGUGGAGCUGCGGUCGUACCUCAGUGAACCAGAGCUGCCGGGGAUGGGCCGGAGCAGCAUAGGGUCUGAGGGGGGCUACCAGACCCUCCCAAACAAAGGUCUGUCAAGCUCAUCGUCGCAGCUGAACCAAUCCAACCAAUCCAAUAUCUCCUCCUACGUGACCCUAAGGAGAGGAGUGGCUGGCUCAGCAGGGAGGGAGAGACCUAAGAGUGCCUUGGAGCAGCUGUACUCUUCUGACCAGCAGCCCCAGUCUCUGGCCCAGGCCCCCCGGAGCCGCAUGAGUGCUGAGGAGCAGCUGGAGCGUAUGAAGAGACACCAGAGGGCCCUGGUCCGCGAGCGCAAGAGGAACCUCAGCCAGGGAGAACGUCACACCACCACCCAUCGUUCCUCAUCCACUACCAGGCCUCUCUCCUCCACUGACCUGGGCUCAUUGAGGCGAGAGCAGCAGGACUUUGAUUUGCAGCAGGAGCAGAAAGCUCAGGUGGUGGAGCGACUGGGUGCCGAGGGCCAGAGCGACGAGGGGCGCAGAGAGCUGAAGGAAAGGGAGAGGAUCCAAUCAGAUGAGUGGCUCACGGUGAUGGCCACGCCCAUGAGGGGGACUGACAUGGAGCCCCUCGACUACGACCUGAACCUCAGUCGUGAGCUGUCCAAGCCCCAGAAGGUGCCUAUCUCAGAGCGCUAUGUGGAGUCAGACCCCGGGGAGCCUCUGAGCCAGGAGCAGAUGGAGGAGCGUCAACGCAGAGCAGAACGCAUCAGAAACAUCCUGGCCAAAUCCAAUGUUCAGAACACACAUCCGUCGUCUGGUGUGGCUGUCCCACUGGACUUUACUGAUCUGGACCUAGCCAUGCAGCAGCAGAAGAGGAUUAUGAACGUGUCUCACGCCUUGGCCUCUGAAGCCUCCAUCAAGAGCAAGCAGUUCACAGGUCAGCUCAUACACACACACAUGGACACUUGUAAAAACACACGUAAACACAUACACACUACAUAUACACUCAGUGGCCAGGCAGACAGGCAUCAAGGCAUUCAGUUACUGUUCGAUGGAACGUUAGAAUGGGCAAAACGAGUGACCUAAGCGACUUUGAGGCAAAUAACAUCACAGUACAACAUUGGUGUGCAGAAUGGCAUCUUGGAACGCACAACUCAUCGAUCCUAGUCACGGAUGGGCUAUUGCAGCAGGCGACCAUACCGGGUUCCACUGCUAUCAGCUGAAAGCAAGCAGAAACGGCUGCGCGAUCACCAACACUGGACAAAUGAGGAGUGGUAAAACAUUGCAGCGGUGUAAUGGUGUGGGGAUUGAUUUCCUGGCACAUGUUAGGUCCCUUGAUACCAAUUGAGCAAUGUUUACAUACUCUAGAGGCAAAAGGUUGUCCGACCCAGUACUAGAUGGGUGUACAGUGGGGCAAAAAAGUAUUUAGUCAGCCAUCAAUUGUGCCGGUUCUCCCACUUAAAAAGAUGAGAGGCCUGUAAUUUUCAUCAUAGGUACACUUCAACUAUGACAGA